CCGGCGGCUGUCACAUGCUGUGGGGACCGGAGGGGAGCUGCCCGUGCCCGACUGCCCAUGGUGCAGGUCGAGUUCUACGUGAAUGAAAACACCUUCAAGGAGCGGCUGAAGCUCUUCUUCAUCAAAAACCAGCGAUCGAGCCUGAGGAUUCGGCUCUUCAACUUCUCGCUGAAGCUGCUCACCUGCCUCCUGUACAUCGUCCGCGUCCUGCUCGACAACCCGGAGGAGGGCAUAGGCUGCUGGGAAUGCGAAAAGCAGAAUUACACGGCGUUCAACCAGUCCACGAAGAUAAACUGGUCACACAUCUUCUGGGUGGAUAGAAAAAUGCCGCUGUGGGCUGUGCAGGUCAGCAUAGCUUUGAUCAGCUUUCUGGAGACCAUGCUGCUCAUCUAUCUCAGCUACAAGGGGAACAUCUGGGAACAGAUUUUUCGCAUUUCAUUCAUCCUUGAGAUGAUCAACACGGUGCCAUUUAUUAUCACGAUAUUCUGGCCUCCUUUGCGGAAUUUGUUCAUUCCUGUGUUUCUGAACUGCUGGCUUGCCAAGUACGCCCUGGAGAACAUGAUUAACGACCUGCACCGAGCCAUACAAAGGACCCAGUCUGCGAUGUUUAACCAGGUGCUCAUUCUGAUCUGCACCCUCCUGUGUCUCGUUUUCACGGGGACCUGUGGCAUCCAGCAUUUAGAAAGAGCAGGUGAGAAGCUCUCCCUCUUCAAGUCCUUCUAUUUCUGCAUCGUCACCUUUUCCACCGUGGGCUACGGAGAUGUGACACCAAAGAUCUGGCCUUCCCAGCUCCUCGUCGUGAUAAUGAUUUGCGUCGCCCUGGUUGUGCUGCCGCUCCAGUUCGAGGAGCUCGUCUACCUGUGGAUGGAGCGGCAGAAGUCGGGAGGCAAUUACAGCCGCCACCGUGCCCAGACGGAGAAACACGUCGUCCUUUGUGUCAGCUCCCUCAAGAUUGAUCUCCUCAUGGACUUUCUCAAUGAGUUUUACGCCCACCCGCGCCUGCAGGAUUACUACGUGGUGAUACUUUGCCCAACAGAGAUGGAUAUCCAGGUGCGGCGGGUCCUGCAGAUCCCUCUGUGGUCGCAGCGAGUGAUCUACCUCCAGGGCUCUGCGCUGAAGGACCAGGACCUCAUGAGAGCCAAGAUGGACAACGGAGAAGCCUGCUUCAUUCUCAGCAGCCGAAACGAGGUGGACCGCACCGCGGCGGACCACCAGACCAUCCUGAGAGCCUGGGCUGUGAAAGAUUUUGCUCCAAACUGUCCUCUCUACGUUCAGAUCUUAAAGCCUGAAAACAAGUUUCACGUCAAGUUUGCCGAUCACGUCGUCUGCGAAGAGGAGUGCAAAUACGCCAUGUUGGCGCUGAACUGCGUCUGCCCCGCCACCUCCACCCUCAUCACGCUGCUGGUGCACACCUCCCGCGGCCAGGAAGGCCAGGAGUCCCCGGAACAGUGGCAGCGGAUGUACGGGGGCGGCGCGGGCAACGAGGUCUACCACAUCCGGAUGGGCGACAGCAAGUUCUUCAUGGAGUACGAGGGGAAGAGCUUCACUUACGCCGCCUUCCAUGCGCACAAGAAGUAUGGCGUCUGCCUGAUUGGCAUCCGGAGGGAGGAGAACAAGAGCAUCCUGCUGAACCCUGGCCCGCGGCACAUCAUGGCAGCGUCCGACACCUGCUUCUACAUCAACAUCACCAAGGAGGAGAAUUCAGCCUUCAUCUUCAAGCAGGAGGAGAAGCAGAAGAAGAAGGGCUUUGCGGGGAGAGGCACCUACGAUGGCCCGUCCCGCCUGCCUGUGCACAGCAUCAUCGCCAGCAUGGUAGCCAUGGACCUGCAAAACACAGAGUGCCGCCCCGCUAACAGCAGCAAGCUGGCACUGCCGGCAGAGAACGGCUCGGGCAACCGCCGGCCCGCCACCCACCCCCCCCCGGUCCUCGAGCUGGCCGACACCUCGUCCUUGCUGCCCUGCGACCUGCUCAGCGACCAGUCGGAAGACGAGAUGACGCAGUCGGAUGAGGAGGGCUCGGCGGUUGUGGAGUACGUGAAGGGCUACCCACCGAACUCCCCCUACAUCGGCAGCUCCCCGACUCUGUGCCACCUUUUACCCGAGAAAGCCCCUUUCUGCUGCCUGAGGCUGGACAAGGGCUGCAAGCACAACAGCUUUGAAGAUGCCAAAGCCUACGGGUUUAAGAACAAACUGAUUAUUGUUUCGGCUGAGACGGCUGGGAACGGACUGUAUAACUUCAUCGUCCCCCUUCGUGCGUACUAUCGGUCCCGCAAAGAGUUGAACCCAAUUGUGUUGCUGCUGGACAACAAGCCCGAGCACCACUUUCUGGAAGCCAUCUGUUGUUUCCCCAUGGUUUACUACAUGGAGGGCACGAUCGACAACCUGGACAGCUUGCUGCAGUGUGGCAUCAUCUACGCCGACAACCUGGUGGUUGUGGACAAGGAGAGCACGAUGAGCGCCGAGGAGGACUACAUGGCGGAUGCAAAGACGAUUGUCAACGUCCAGACCAUGUUCAGGCUCUUCCCCAGCCUCAGCAUUAUCACAGAGCUGACCCACCCCUCCAACAUGAGGUUCAUGCAGUUCAGAGCAAAGGACAGUUACUCUCUUGCCCUUUCCAAGCUAGAAAAGAAAGAGCGAGAGAAUGGCUCCAACCUGGCCUUCAUGUUCCGGCUGCCCUUUGCGGCCGGGAGGGUCUUCAGCAUCAGCAUGCUGGACACUCUGCUCUACCAGUCGUUCGUGAAGGACUACAUGAUCACCAUCACUCGGUUGCUGCUGGGUCUCGACACCACGCCGGGCUCUGGCUACCUCUGUGCGAUGAAGAUCACUGAAGACGACCUGUGGAUCCGGACGUACGGCCGCCUCUUCCAGAAGCUCUGCUCCUCCAGCGCAGAGAUUCCCAUCGGGAUUUACAGGACGGAGUCGCACAUGUUUGCAACCUCCGAGCCCCAUGACAUCAGAACGCAGUCACAGAUCUCAAUCAACGUCGAGGACUGCGAGGACACGAAGGACGUCAAGGAGCACUGGGGCAUCAAGACCAGCCACCACAGGAACUCGUGCUCCAGCGACCAGUCCGAGCACCCGCUGCUGCGGCGCAAGAGCAUGCAGUGGGCGCGCCGGCUGAGCAGGAAGGGCAACAAGCACUCCAGCAAGACGGCCGAGUGGAUCAGCCAGCAGCGCCUCAGCUUGUACCGGCGCUCCGAGAGGCAGGAGCUUUCCGAGCUCGUCAAAAACCGUAUGAAGCACCUGGGCUUGCCCACAACCGGGUACGAGGAUGUAGCAAAUUUAACAGCCAGUGAUGUGAUGAAUCGGGUAAACCUGGGAUAUUUGCAAGAUGAGAUGAAUGACCACCAGAACACCUUGUCCUACGUCCUGAUCAACCCCCCCCCGGACACGCGGCUGGAGCUCAAUGACAUCGUGUAGAAGAGCGUCAAACCAUGGGCCGCAGCACAGCGUACGCUGGCCAACCGCUUUCAGUCUGCAUCGGCCGACCCGUAG